AUGACUACGCUAGUAGUAUACCGUAGAAAACUCCGGGACGCGUCCGACGUGCAGCGACAGCACGCUAGGUUCGGACGCCGUUUCUUCGGGGCGGCCGACAGGGUGAGCACGCAGUACCGCCGCGAGUCGUUGCGGACCACGCGGUCGUUGCGCACGCUCAUGCACGGCUACCUCAGGGAAUCGUCCGACGGGUCGGCGGCGCUCGCGGCCAACAUCGGCGCCGGCCCGGCCCAGGUGUUGGACAGGCUGCGCGUCAUGCAGGAACAGUGCGCGCGGAUCGCGGAACGCGUGCGCAGGCGGUCCGGGUGUUCGGGGAACGCGGACGAGCCGGGCGACGGGUCGCGGGCCCCGUGCGACGGUGACACGGACCGCAAGGGCCGACAGAUCGACUUGCUGUCGGAUGCGCAACACCGGCUGACGGCGGGCCGGGAGUUCGUGCGGCGGACGCGCGCGCUCGUGGACAGGGCGGUCGCGGACGUGCACCGCGAGAACGUGACGUUGCGAGGGCUGCUGUGCGCGGCGUGCGCGGCGUGCGUUGGCCGCGAGGCGCAGCUGAACGGCGCGUGCACCGUGGUGGACGUCGCGGCCCGGCUGGAGAAGGCCUGCUUCGCGCUGUUCGCCCGGCUGGACAGCGCGAUGGGGUCCGACGCCGCGUCGCGGCAGACGUCGCGCGGCCGCCCCGGCACCGGGCAGCGGGCCCGCGACGUCGUGACGUCGUGCUUGGGCGCGGUGCAAGCUCAACGUGCCGACACGGUGCGCCGGGCCCAGGACGUCGAGUACCGCGUGAACAACUUCCACAAGGCGGUCAACCGGUUGCUGUUGGCCGCGACGCCCACGGUUCGGGUCCCGCGGCCCGCCAACAACGUCCGCCACGGACGUGGGCCGACGGCGGUACGGUCACGGGCCGCUGCAACGGUACGCGGCAAGACGCCGGCGAAGAAGAACCCUACGCCGGAGUCCACGGCCUCCGCCGCCGUGACCGCGGACGCAGGGACGGUCACGAUGCUUUGUCCGCCGUCGAUCGGUAUCAUUGAAUACGAAUGAACGUCGUUUUUCCGCCCAUUGGUGGUACGGUGUCGAGAUAGUUUUUAUAUAGUUAACGCGAAAUAAUCGUAAGAAGCAAUUUUUUUUUCCCCCCGAUCGUCCGAAUGAUUUUUAUGUAACCGCUAAUCGGGCGAACGCAUUCACUACGAUUGUUUAACAUCGAUCCAAUUGUAAAUGAUGAAUGUAGUAAUUAACUAUUGUACUACAGUGCACCACUUACUGUCUUACUUUUCACACUAUUCGUAUGAAAAUAGUAAUAAUUAUAAUAAUAAUAAUGUGUUUGGUCGGAAAACAA